UGGACUCGCUCCAGCACUCCUAGCACACAAGAGCACUACAAUAUACAGAUUUUUGUUGUCUGUCAGCCAACGUCUGUUUUUUGUUUAGUGGCGGUAACACGAAGCAGGCACUGUUAACGUCUUGUAAACAGUCCAGUGACUGGAGGGCUUCUGCAAAGACGUCUCCAAACGGUGGAUGUGUCGUCCGGAUGAGAGCAGCAGAAGCUACACUGCCAGCGCUCGGAAUAAAUAAGGUCAUCUGGAUCCCAACGUCGUGGACCAGAACUAAACCACCGGCCUGGACCCGAAUUCAACGUCCCAGGACUCUCACCUCUACCUGGAGAGGGCUGUCGACAGACUUCGGUGCUGGUUUACCCACGACGUCAGGAUGCAGAAGUCAGACCUUAUUGGAGUCACAGAAACGUGUCUGUUGUUUCCAUCGCUAGGCUCGAAGGGCCAAUUUAAAUGACAGGGGAUUUCUUUAAAUCACCCUGACGUUCUUUCUUUAGCCAAGACUCCUGAGGUAGAAAGCACAAACACUGCAGUUACCUUUUUACUCGCGAGGGCAGCCAUGGACGCACGACCUGUGCCUCAUCACUGUCUGCGUUCUUUAUUUAUACAGUUCUGUGUCUGUGUGUGUGUGUGUGUGUGUUUAUGUCUGUACAAAGGUUACAAAGUUAUUCUCAGAGCUGAGGUUCCCCUUUUCUAAAUCUGUAUGUUCUAGAACAGAAAGAGGAAGCUGCAAGUUGUUUAUCACAGAAAAGGUACAUGUCAAAAGUCACGUAAACAUGUGCUUCACUGAUAAAUAUAAAGAAUACAUUUCAUGUAACUGAUCAAAACAUAAUUAUCUUCUGACAUCGAUAAAUCGAGCAGAUAUUUGAAGCUUACACAGCUACAUUCUCGCCUGAAAAUAUCUUAAAAGUUUAUUUUGUGACCGAGAAACAGGAAUAUUUUAAACUUUUUCCGCUUUCCUCCGCCAUUGCCGCGUUUGAGUUUUGGAUGAAAUGCAUUCUGGGAUAUUUGGCUGCACCAAGUUGACACAAGUCACCACCGAUGCAUGCUCGAUAAAACGGGAGGAGCGAGAACACAUUCUGGAAUUUUUAGCAUACUUGGCUUGAUGCGUACUAUGAAUUGGAACAGUACUUGGUCUGCGACUGAUGACAUGUCACAAGUCCAGUUCUCAUCUAGAACUGGUUUUCAGUUACCAAGUUGUAAGGCUGCAUGAGCCAAGGAAGUUUCUGUCCUUUAGUGCACAGACAUGGUACGCACCAUUUAGAUAGCUGGGACACUGAAACUAAGACACAUGUAGAAGUAUAGAUGCCAAAGGAUUCGUUAGUAACAACAGUGCAGGUUGAUAAAUGAAUAUUCAGCUCGGACAAUCUGAAUUGAAACAUGUAUCUUCAACUGAUACAUCAAAGCACCAACUUUUACGAGGAAACCCUGACAGGUUCUUUUUAACCUCUGUAUGGACUGGUUCUUAUAUACUGCUGGUGUAUUCAGUUUCUCACCAUUUCAACCACCGUCUUUCUUUACAAGCAGAAAAUGUUCCGAAAUGUAUAAUAGGUGAUUACAUAAUAAUAAUAAUAACUUUAUUUAUAAAGUGCUUUCAAACAAAGUGCUGAACAGCUAUUUGAAGAUAAAAAAAAGAUAAAUAAAUAAAAGCAAUACAGAAAAAACAAUGCAAUUUAAAAACAUACAUACAGUAUCCAGCUUUCCAUGUAGUAUAUACAAGUUUCUCAAAACCACGAUAAGCUCAUGCUCAGUGCAACACAUAACCACCAAACCCUAAAAAUCAGCUCUGUAUAAGCACACUCGGUGUAUUACUUGUUAAUCCAUCACUGGAUUAACGCGUGUGCAGUUUAGAUUUUCGAGCCACCUGAUGCUGCCUUUUUUUUUUUUUUUUUUACAGCUAGAGCACAGGGACUGCUGAAGUCAUAGGGAAACAUAGAAACGCACACAAAUAAUGCAGGAAAUGAAGCCUAGUCCAACACGUGUCACUGUGAGGGAACAUUACCAAUCAUCGAGACACUGUGCUACCCGAGCAGCAACCAUUUUAAUCUUCAUAAUGGUUGAUUAUAUUCAAAAGAGGUUUAAAGACACACUCCCUGACCACAGCCAAAUAAUAACAGAAUUUGGCUGGUGACUAGUGUUAAUUUCCCACACAGUUUAUAGCCCGGGGCAUGUUUUUAACAAACCACUGUAAAGAUGCCAUCUGUUUGAAUGAAGUGACCUCCCAGGCAUACAAUUAAACCCAGCUGGCACAACACACAACGAGUAGCAGAGAACUCUUUACUUGACAUCCACAUUAAUAUUUCACAGUGAUUCCAAAUAAUGGCAAUUAUUACUGUAGCCAUCACACAGCUUUAUCUCAUUAGUAGUAUUGCAGUUUCGCGGCUGUAUGGAGUUCUUACUGAACUCUGACAAGUGUCAGAUAGACUGAUGUAGCCUGGGUUAGGCCUGUGUGCUGCUGCUGGAGCUGCUUUACAUCAAAAAGCACGUCCAAUGCGCUCCAGUCGAAAGCACACACUGAUCCACGCUGUGCACUGCAGUCACCCUUUGAGCAGUCAACCUACUACUACUGUUCUGCAGCUGUAAAAUAUGUUUUUUCUUCUCCUCCACAGGCAUUCCUACCCGCUCCCCUCCCCCCCGUCCACCCCCUCCCCACCUUUCUCCUCCUGGGGAUGUAAAUAAGCUGGGGUUGUGCAGACCCUUGAGAAGUCCUCCCGCUCCCGCUCUUCCCAACCACUGCUACCCCCUCUGGCUUCCCUGCCCACUCACACUCUGCUGCUGCCGCUGCUGUUUAUGCAGCUGAAAGGUGCCAGGGAGAUGCUCAGAUGAUCCAUUGGGUCGUUGUGAACCACUUCGUCCACACAGCCCUAGACAGGGAAGACUAACUAGUGUGAGUGUGAGAGAAUCCUUGGGGGUGCUGCGAGCACCCUGUGAGGCCCGCCCACCUGCCAAGCCUGGCAGAAAGCUUGGCUUGUCCCUUUACUGUCACGACCUGCGGGAUCGGCAAGGCGCUGAUCAGCAUCUCUCCACUCCUAGCCCCCCUUCUCUCCUCCUUUUCCUCUCUCUCUCCCCUUCUCUCCCCUGUUUUGCCGGGGCGGAACUCAUGGCGGGUUCACGCCCUCGGUCCACGCCUUCCCGGAUUGUGCACACCUGGGCCUCAUCAGACCAGCUGGUAUAUUAGAAGGAGGAGAUCAGCUGUUCAACGCUGGAUUGUUGUGAAGGCUUUUAUUCCCCGGACCCGUUCCCGUGUUUCCCUGUGUGGAGUGUGGAAGGAGUGACAGGUCGCUAGCGGAGAGGAGAGAGGCUGUUUUGAGCACGAGUCCUGCGAGUGGAUCCUCUAAGCAACCCGUGACAUUUACUCCUCCAACCCCUGAGAUGCCCUCCCCUCCCAAUGAUGGAGAGGAUCAAGGAGCGUCCCCCGUGAACAGGCCAUCUGUGGGCUCCUACCAGAGCAGCGGGAAGAGGAAGGUGCACACCAAAAAGAAAAAAGGCACCAUUACCGCCAACGUCGCUGGCACAAAAUAUGAAAUUGUUCGUAUAGUCAUAACUGAAAUGGACUUCAUCAAAACCCGUGAUGAUGAUGAGACUGCCAACCUCAUCUGGAACGACUCAGCUGUGCAGCAUGAGAAAAUUGCUGAGCUCAGGAAUUAUCAGAGAAUUAACCAUUUCCCUGGGAUGGGCGAAAUCUGCCGAAAAGACUGCCUAGCAAGAAACAUGGCCAAAAUGAUCAAGUGCCAGCCUCAAGAGUACAGCUUCAUACCCAAAACCUGGAUCUUCCCUGCUGAGUACACUCAGUUCCAGAACUACGUCAAAGAGCUACGCAGGAAACGCAAGCAAAAGACCUUUAUAGUCAAACCUGCCAAUGGAGCCAUGGGUCACGGGAUUUCACUUAUCCGUAACUGUGAGAAGCUGCCAGCGCAGGAGCACUUUAUCGUUCAGGAGUACCUAGACAAGCCCUUCCUGAUGGAGGGCUACAAGUUUGACCUGCGGAUCUACAUCCUCGUCACUUCCUGCGACCCUCUCCGCAUUUUUCUUUACAACGACGGCCUCGUUCGUAUGGGCACAGAGAAGUACCAUGCACCCAGCGAAGCCAACCUGAGCCAGCUCUACAUGCAUCUGACCAACUACUCGGUCAACAAACACAACGAGAACUUUGAGCGAGAUGAGACGGUGGACAAAGGCAGCAAGAGGUCCAUCAGCUGGUUCACCGAGUUCCUCCGCACCAAUGACUAUGAUGUGGCCAAAUUCUGGGGCGACGUCUCUGAGCUGGUGGUGAAGACAUUAAUAGUAGCUGAGCCCCACGUGCUGCACGCCUACCGCAUGUGUCGCCCUGGCCAGCCACCGGGGAGUGACAGCGUCUGCUUCGAGGUCCUGGGCUUUGACAUUAUUCUGGACCGCAAACUCAAACCCUGGUUAUUGGAGAUCAAUCGAGCUCCGAGCUUUGGGACAGAUCAGAAGAUUGAUUAUGAUGUGAAGAAAGGUGUGCUGCUCAAUGCCCUCAAACUCCUCAACAUCAGGGCGAGUGAUAAGAAACGCAACCUAGCCCAGCAGAAGGCAGAGGCUCAGAGACGGCUCUACGGACACGGAUCCAUGAAGAAACUCUCGGCUGCUUCCUCGGACUGGGAGAAACAACGUCACACGCUGGAGCGACGAAGAGAAGAGCUGAAAGAGCGGCUGGCACAGGUUCGCAAGCAGAUUUCAAGGGAGGAGCAUGAAAAGCAACAUCUGGGGAACUACAGACGUAUUUACCCCCCAGACGACAAGCUGCUGUUGGAAAAGUAUGAAAGCCUGCUCUCGGCCGCCUUUCAGACCUUCCUCGCCGGGCGAGCUGCCUCACUUCAAAAGGAAAUGAAUAAUCCUCUGAAACGAAUGAAGGAAGAGGACAUCCUGGAUCUGCUGGAACAGUGCGAAUUGGACGACGAGAAGCUGAUGGGCAAAUCCUCCAGGCAAAGAGGCCCUAAGCCCCUGACCGGCAUGCCAGAAUGCAGUCAGACUCCAAGACGUCAGCGACCAGACUACCUGGCUGACUUCACCAGCGGCAGCAGCGCUGAUAACUCCUGCUCCUCUUCAGACGAGGAAGAGGAGGAGGAGAGGAGGAAGGCGGGAGGAAGAAGAAGUGGAGAGAAGCGAGGGGAAAAGAAAGUUUCCUACGACCUUGGAGAGAGCAAGGAGAAGAACUUGGCUGAGCGCUCAGGCCGCAUGCAUUGGAAACCUCCAAUCAAGUCGCUCAAAACGAGCACUGCCCCGUCCACGUCACCAUCGCUUUCUGGCCCAAUCCGGCGCUCCAUCUCGUGCCCUCGUUCCAUCGCCUCCCUGUCGUCACCAAAUGAAGUGCGGGCAUUGUCCACCAGGCCUUCCCCUACGGUUCCCGUGGCCACACCCCUCGUCAGGCCGAGCUCCGCCACGCUUCGCUCUCAUUCGCUGAGCCGCAGCGGCUCCGCUCACCGGGUGCCUCACAGCAACAGCCUGGGGACCAUCCACUCCAAUAUAGGCGAUCCGUUGAUAAAUCUGAGGAGUAAAGAGCAGGAGGCAGAGCUGGUGCGUCAGACCCUGGCAGUGCUCACCGCCAUGAGGAUUAGGUUUCCGGGCAAAACUGAAGAGGAAGCCGAGGGUGUGCUGGAUGAGAUUCUGGAUAACUGGAAAUAUCAUAAACCAAAGGUCGCCUCCUACUGGCUAGUGAAGCUGGACUCAACCAAACAGCGGAAGGUGCUGGACAUUGUACGUACCAAUGUGCGCUCAGUGCUGCAGCGGAUCUGGAAGGAGCCAGACGUAGAGAGCCUUCACCUCUACCGGCUUUUUAAUCGCGUCUUCAACAGGCUGCUCUGGAGCCACGGCCAGGGCAUGUGGAACUGCUUCUCCAACACCGGUUCAUCUUGGGAGACCAUCUUCAGCAAGAGCAGUGAGGUGGUGUCACCCCAGGAGCUGCAGUGCUGUCGCAGGCUGGUCCAGCUGUGCCGAGACUGCCUGUUGGUCGUCUACAAGUUUGUCUCAGAGUCUCGCGGGUCUUUGACCGGACUCAGCCCGGAGUGGGAUGACACCAGCUUCCCAUUUGCUGCUGGACCAACCUCUACCCAUGGCUCCACUCCUGCUGCUGUCGCUGCCGCUUCUUCCUCCUCCUCCUCCGUCUCUUCGCCCCUCGAUGCAGGUAUCUGCUGCCAGUGACCUCCCAGUUCAUCAUGAAGUGGCCUUCGUCCAGCUUUGGCAGCAUCUCCUCAGCCGUGCCACGCUCCCGUAACCUUUUUGCCGCCAGGAUGGGCCACUUCUGAGGUCACCGUGGCAACCCUGGCCUUUUGACCUCCCCUCUCCUCCCCAACCUCGCCUCCCUUGACUUUUUUAACCCAGCCAAACCCAGAUCUUAGGUGUCCUGGUAUAGAUCUGAAUUUGGUGCUGCUCUGGACCCCAGGAUGGGGCCUCGUUUUGGCCCAGUCUCCUUGUGGAAGAUCAACAAAGCAAGGCUGGAUGAUUUGGGAUCACUAAAGGGAGCUGCUCACUCUGCUCAGCAGACCACCAUUACCCUCGGUCCCCUCCCUCUAGCCCCUCGAAUGCCAGGCGAUGGGCUUGCCCCUCGUUUCUCAUUGUAACUGCUGUAUUAUACUCACUGUACAGUUACAAGUCAUGGUACUGUAAAAGAAAAUAAUAACAAACACUAAAACAAUGCAAGGAUUAUUUAUUUAUGUACUUAUUUAUUUUCUAAGGUUUUUCCAUGACUGCAGUGAAUGCUGAUGCAUAAUGCACAUGGACUAACGAAGCUAUCCAUCAUUUAAAUAAAAAAAAAAAAGUGGAUGUACAAAUCUUAUUUUUGCCGACUAUAAUCAGUUAUUUUGUUUCCAUUUUCUGAAAUGUUGAAAUGUUAUUUAUUUCGUAACUUAUAAGAGAGGCUUUAUGUUAACAACGGUCACUUUAUGUUCUAGCUUUUGGAGGUUUUUUGCAGUCCAGAUGUGGUGCCCGGAGGACCCGAAAACGGGUCGCCUUUUGAAUGCUAACGCUUCAUGUGUUCCCUGUGUGAUAUUAUUAAGUGCAGCACUAUUGAGCAACACAACGGUUAGAAUGUCAGUGUAGUAAAGCCAAGCCUAUUUGCCUCUUUAGAGAAUGAGACAACUUUAAUGCCACAGCAUCAAGAGCCAAACCUCUCAGAGAGCGCACACCAGUUCCUAAUAUGCACUUUGCAGUUUGUAACAGAGAGAGAAAAGUGGCUGCACAUUAGUAGUGCUUGCAUGCCUAGAUUUUAGUCCCUUUAGACUCUGAUGUAGUGGUUAGACAAAGGAGCUGCAUUUGGAAUAUACUUGAAGUUCUGCGUUGACAUUAAUUAUUCUCGUCUUCUUUGUGUUUGGCUGCACUGAAAAGAAGACACUUCACUUUUAUAUUUGUCGUCUCGAGUUUGGAUGCGUUAGGGAUGACGAGGAUCUGUUGCACGAUUUAGAGAUUGUUCGACACGCUGAAUUACUUGGCUGAUCUGUUCAAAUGUACUGUACUGUAACAGCAGAGAUUUGGCUGGGAUGAGUAGCUACAGCCUCCCCCCCCCAACACCCACCACCGCACUGUAGUUAAGUGCUUGGGAUUUCACAGAUGUGCCAAUAAUACGCACGUCUGCAUCAUGUGUUAGUUGACUUUUAUUUAAGGUUAAUGUGUCAUGAACUACUGUAAGCCUUCGGUUAAAUGAUUAAAUGUUAAUAGGGAGAAACAUUGUGUUCCAUGUUUAGUAGUUUACUAUGUGUACUAGCCCAUGAGUUGAUAACUAGAAUUUCAAAGAUGGUAGUCUGUACGCUACGGUGCAGUGUGCAUUUUGUAACAAUUUUGACUAACAAGUGUAGCAGCAAUGCUGCGCUAAAUCUGCUCAAACUGAACUCUCCCCUCGUCCCCAACAUCCGUUCAUAAUGCCAAACAUUUUUAUUUUGCCUGAUUGAUUUGUCUUAUUUAAGAGCCGUACUUUUUCAUUGGAGGUAUGAGAUUUUUAAUUUUACAUAGCAAUAAAAUAUUUAA